GACUGCCUAAUAAGGAAAGUCCAAGUCAGUACAGUUCCGAUUCUCUUUGGUGUCGCAGUAUAUUUGGUGCCGUGCGAAGUUCCUGCAAGCAAAUCGAGAAUUUCACUCUCUAAAUUCAGUUCUCAGGACAAGCAAGCAACCAGAAAAGAAAGCAGACAUGUCUCUGUAUCCGUCCCUCGAAGACAUGACCGUCGGAAAGAUGGCCAAGGCUCAAGUCCAGACCCACCCCCAGCCAGCCAUUGCCAGUGCCCCACAUGCGGUAGGAGGACCGUCGGCCCCUCCCGCACCGGCCGCAGCUUCUCCCUACGCCGGGCUCUACCCCAAUCUCAAUGACGAGUACAUGGGUCUCAAACCUGACUCAAUACCGCCCUCCUGCUCAAAAGUCACAGUAGCUUCCACCACCAACGUUCCCGUGCCACGUUUUUCUGGUGUUUGUGCCUUAGUCCGCUUCCACCAGUAUCGCAAUGCUGCACCUACGUCAGGGGCUGUAGUUGUGAGUGGAGGAAAUGCGGUGGCAACACGAGCCAACAGUGGCCCCGUGACUGGUCUAGCCAACGUCGGGAUCCGCAGAGCCGAGAUCAAGCAGGGAGUGCGAGAGGUCGUGGUGUGUAAGGACGGCAGUGGAAAAGUUGGAAUCAGUUUCUUUGCCGAGAGCAAGGGCGUGUUUGUCUGCUACGUCAAGACUGGGUCACCUGGCGCCAUGGCUGGUCUUCGAUUUGGAGACCAGAUUCUCCAGAUCCAAGGAGAGGUGGUUGCAGGCUUCUCCAGCGACAAAGCCAGCAAGGCCGUCAAGAAGGCCUCGGCCGCCCGCAUCUCUCUCGCCAUUCGCGACCGUCCGUUCGAGCGAACCAUCACCAUGCAGAAAGACAGCGCCAAUCACGUGGGGUUCUCCUACAAUAACGGAGAGAUCAAGGCCAUCGUCAAGGACUCUUCCGCUGCCAGAAACGGUCUCCUGAUAGACCACUACCUCUGCGAGGUCAACGGACAGAAUGUCAUUGGCAUCAAGGACAAGGACAUUGCCAAGAUCUUUGACGAGAGCCCGCGGACCAUCACCAUCACCAUCAUGCCCAAGUUUAUCUACGAGCACCUCAUGAAGAACAUGGGCAAGUCUCUGAGAAAGAGCAUGGACCACUCCAUCCCCGAUGUCUAAUUAGAGCCCACUGCCAACCCCCCAACGAGGGAACUAAAAAACAGACAAGACUCUGAUUUGUGUAUUAUAAUUGUAAAUCGUCUACUGUUCCCCCACCCCCAUCAUCCUUCAUUUCGUGAACAAUUUUUGCAUUUAACCUACUUACGGUAACACAACCUAUACAUACAUACUCUUGUAUGUCUGAUUUGCUGUGUUGAUCACUAUUUUUGUGUAUCCAUUGACUAUAAUAAUAUUAUUGCAGAAAAAGAAA